CGUUCAGCUGGCCUGGUUGCGUUGCGUCGCGACGCUCCGGAGUCGCGAGUCGCGAGUGUCCGCGUUUCUUUCCUUCCCUCUCUCGCACGCGCUCUAUCCCCCCCUCCCCCUCUUUCUUUCACUGUUUACCCGUCCACCCUCGUCCCAGUCGCCCUUCCACCGGCAAUGCGAAAGCCCGCCACUCCGCCGACGGAAAACUCGAAGCAACAGGAUGCGAUUGCGCCAAACGAAAACGUGCAAUUUCCCGCGAAAUUUUAGCCGCACGCCAAGACAGACGACGCAAAAGCCUUUCGGCUGAACAUUGAAGGGAAUCACCGGGCCGCGAGUGGAUCGUAUUGGUUUCCCGAGGGAAGAGUAAUGCGCGAGUAACUGUUGAGAGGAGGAAACGCGAAACAGUGCUCUCGAUAGAUAAUCGAUUUUGGCCGCGAGCGAUCAACGACAAGUUUGACACUUCCGCCGCUUCUGCGUUAUCUCGAACGGGCGGUAAGACGCGGAAAUAGUUAAUCCGUCAAGAGAGAACGAGCGAGCAGCUAACGAAGCGGAGGAGAAAACAAGGUCGAUGGACCCCGUAGUGCUGUGAAACUGUCUGGUGAUGCGUGAUCGAACAACUUCCCGAACGGAGGCUGUUGCUACUACUGUCAUCGGCGGUCUCGCGAGCGAGCUGGUACGAAGAUCGUCAAUCGAUUGCGACGGCGACGGGGCGGCGAGCGCGGAACCCGGCUUUCUCGGCCUAUUGGGACAAUCGCAUGCGACGGCUUAAGCCGAGGGUGAAAGGGCCGGUCGGGACCGCCGGAUAAGGGAGAGAGCCGCUGCUGAGUCGGUCCGUGCGGAAUCGAGGCGAGGAUUCUCAUGCACGCCGCGAACUUGCCCGGCAUCCCGUGGUCGAGAGGAGAGAAGGAGCAUGACGUAGUCGUCGGCGAGGGGGGCUCUUGGGAUGCUCCGGACUACUUCCGGCUAGGGUCGUCGUAUGGAGGGGCAGGACGUAACCACCGCGUACGGCAACCUGCUUCUGAAUUUCACGACCAUCAACGCCACGCGAGCCGGCACCGACGAAUCCUUCUAUUGGGGCUUCCCCGGCAAGGACUCGCCCUACACCACCGGUCAGGCAAUCGCCCUCGCCCUGGUGCUCAGCAGCAUCAUCAUCGGCACGGUGAUCGGCAACAUAUUGGUGUGCGUGGCGGUGUUCCUCGUCAGGAAGCUACGUAAGCCGUGCAACUACCUGCUGGUCAGCCUGGCAGUGAGCGAUCUCUGCGUGGCGCUUCUGGUGAUGCCGAUGGCAUUGCUUUACCAGAUAUCGGGCAACUGGUCCUUCGGUCCGAUCAUGUGCGACCUCUGGGUCAGCUUCGACGUGCUCAGCUGCACCGCCAGCAUCCUCAAUCUCUGCAUGAUAUCCGUAGACCGGUACUGGGCCAUUACGAAGCCGCUGAAAUACGGGGUAAAGAGGACACCGCGACGGAUGAUCAUCUACGUCAGCCUUGUUUGGAUAGGAGCGGCCUGUAUCAGUUUGCCGCCUCUGCUGGUGAUGGGAAACCAACACACACAUCCCGAAACUGGAGCGUCGCAAUGUUCGGUCUGCCAGCAUUUUUUCUACCAAAUCUACGCGACCCUCGGCAGCUUUUACAUACCGCUAUUCGUCAUGAUUGAGGUGUACUACAAAAUAUUCCGCGCUGCGCGCAAGAUCGUGCUGGAGGAGAUAAAGGCGCAGCUUCAUCUGGAGGUGCACUGCCAUCUCGACAUGGAGCCACCGGCCGUGCAGCAUCCGACCGCGUCCACAGUGAAUCGUCAAUUAAAUUCCACCGACACACAGACGAGCCAAAGCAGUCCGCCGGUGAAACAGCACAGAAGUUCUAGCGCGUCUACCACGUGCAGCGGUCACGCGGUUCGGUGCUUCACCGGCGGUCCACGCAAGAGCAACGAGUCGCAGUGCCCGAUGCUGCAGAGGAUAGAGAAGCCGGUGCUGUCGACGGCGACGACGCCGUCGAUGACGUCGUCGACGGCGAAGCAGAUAACGACAACGACGCUCGUACGCAACCACCUGAAUAGCACGUGCAGCGUCACCAAUUCGCCGCAUCAGAAGAAACUGCGCUUCCACCUGGCGAAGGAGCGGAAGGCCAGCACCACCCUGGGCAUAAUCAUGGGCGCGUUUAUCGGUUGCUGGCUACCGUUCUUCGUUCUCGCGCUGAUCAGACCGUUCCUCCGAGACCCGGACACGAUCCCGGCCUUCCUGUCGGACUUCUUCCUUUGGCUCGGCUACUGCAACAGCCUGCUGAAUCCGAUUAUCUACGCGAUCCUCAACAAGGACUUCCGAAAGCCGUUCCGCGAGAUACUCUUCUUCCGUUGCGGCAAUCUCAAUCACAUGAUGCGCGAGGAGUUCUAUCAGAGCCAAUACGGCGAUCCGGUUAAUAACUACGAGAUCAAAGCGGGCGCCGGCGGCGGUUACGGCGGCGCGGAGAGCGCCGAGAGCGCGGAACAUUACGACGACAGCAAUCAGGGCAUCGUCGAAUCGGUCGACGUCGCCAGCGCGCCCAACGAAAGCUUCCUAUGAUCCGAGGAACGUUCCUCGCACGUCGAGGACCGUAAUAUCCGACGGAGACCGCCGUCAUCGUGCUGCAUCGAGCCCCUCCACGUCGCCAUCGGCCUCGCCGGCGCGCCCAACGAGAUCCUCUUAUGAUCGAUCGCGAUCAAUGAAGAU